AUGAGUAUAGCUAAAUCAUCCACGAUGCCUUCGUCACUUUUCCAUGAGUGCGGUGAUUGUUCUUUUCCGCCUCGAUAUAGUGCAAACAUAUUAGCUGAUUGUCUAAAAGUAUCGCCAGCUUAUCGGCAACAAGACUCCCAACGGUGGAACGCAGCCAUAAAUUGCUAUCAAGAAAUGCGAAGUUAUCGUAGUCAGUGUUGUACUUCACCGCCAAACUCACCAGUUGACCUCAAUCCUGGCGCAUCUUCAAUCGACGACUUACCUCCAUGCGAUAUCGAUCACUUGAACCCAUCAAGCAAUUCUUUUGGCUUAAUGAAGUGA